AUGGCUAUAUUGAUAUUUAUUUCAAGUUUACUUCUAUUCGUUUUGACAAUUGCUUAUCAUCCUGAUUCCGCAACACCAAUAAAUAAUUUAAACAUAACUAAAAUUUCUCAUGAACAGCGUUAUCAACAUUAUUUGUAUUUUCCUCGUUCUGAACGUUUACUAUACCGUGAAAAAGCACGAGAAAUGUUCCAAUUCGGAUAUGAUAAUUAUAUGAAAUAUGCAUUUCCAAAAGAUGAACUUGAUCCAAUUCAUUGUCGAGGGCGUGGGCCUGAUGUUGAAAGACCUGAAAAUUAUAAUAUAAAUGAUGUUCUCGGAGAAUUUUCGCUAACAUUAAUUGAUAGUCUUGAUACGCUUGCUGUUAUGGGCAAUGUUUCUGAAUUUCAACAUGCUGUUCAACUUGUUAUUGAUCAUGUGCGAUUUGAUCGAAAUUCCACUAUACAAGUAUUUGAAGCAACCAUUCGUGUAUUGGGUGCACUUCUUUCAGCUCAUUUAUUAAUUAUCGAUCCAUUACAACCAUUUGGUGAUUUGAAAAUACCAGAUUAUGAUAAUGAACUACUUGAUCUUGCUCAUGAUUUAGCAUCAAGAUUAUUGCCAGCUUUUGAAAGGACCCCACAUGGUUUACCGUAUCCUCGCGUAAAUUUAAUGACUGGUAUGGUUGAUGGAUCAAGAAAUGACACAUCGACGGCAGGUGCUGGAUCAUUGUCGUUAGAAUUUAGUAUUUUAAGUCGACUUGUCGGAGACCCGGUGUAUGAACGAGUUGCUCGACGUGCUGUAAAUUCAUUAUGGGCUAAACGCAAUAAUGUUACUGGUCUAUUAGGUAGUGUAAUCGAUGUAAAUAGUGGUGAAUGGCUUGGCCAAUUAUCAGGUCUUGGUGCUGGUAUUGAUUCAUUUUUUGAGUAUCUUCUAAAAAACUAUAUUUUAUUCGGUGAUGAAUCUGAUUUACGUAUGUUUGACGAUGCAUAUCGAAGUGUGACUCAAUAUCUUCGUCGUGGUCGAGUUAACUGCAUGGAUGAAGAAGGUAUUCAUCCAAUGUUUGUCAAUGUUAAUAUGCAAACAGGACAAUUAGCAACGACAUGGAUCGAUGCAUUACAAGCCUCAUUUCCUGCUGUACAAGUUUUACGCGGUGAUAUCGAUGAAGCUAUUUGCUUGCAUGCACUUUAUUAUUCGAUAUGGAGAAAAUUUGGUGUUUUACCGGAACGUUUUAAUUGGCAAAUAAAAAUGCCGGAUGUUUUAUUUUAUCCAUUGAGACCGGAAUUCAUUGAAUCAACAUAUUUUUUAUAUCAAGCGACUAAAAAUCCAUUUUAUUUACAUGUCGGAAGAGAUAUUUUAGAUAAUUUAAAUACUUAUACCAGAGCCGAGUGCGGCUUUGCUACUGUACAUGAUGUGCGAGAUAAAACGCUUGAAGAUCGAAUGGAAUCAUUUUUUCUUAGUGAAACAUGCAAAUAUUUAUUUUUGUUAUUUGAUGAAGACAAUUAUUUGAAUCAACAUGGUGCAAAUCAUUAUAUAUUUACAACCGAAGCACACAUUAUUCCUUUAAUGGCAAAAUUAAGGAAAAAAGUUUGGGAUUCAAGUGAAAUGGCACCUUGUGUUGAAAAUAAAGAAGUUUUCAUGGAUAAGCAUAGUUAUACAAAUGAAAAUGAAUUAAUUAAUGUCAAUAGAGAUCUUGUUAAAGUCGAAAAAACUGUUAUUUCAAUUAAGAAAAAACGAAUAAAUGAAUCGAGUUGUCGAUCUCGUCCAAUAUCUCGUCGACAUCAACUACCGCUCAGUGCUAAUCUACUUUAUCAGCUCGAUGAAAUGGUUGGCGUUAUAAUUCCUCAACCAUAA